CCCUUAUCUUAAAAGAUCAUGACAGGGUGUAAUAGAUACAGGAAAGAAUGAGACUGCAGUAUCUGUGGUCGUUAUUGUUGCCAUCCAAGGUCUGCCAUGGCAUGCUAUUGCUUGGGAGCUGUAGCUGGCAUUGGAGGACGUGAGAACUACAACGCUCAAGAAUGGAGAUCAAAAACGAAGAAGAAGAAGAAGAAGCGGAUGAUGAUAUCAAAUCCAGAGAACGUUCGGAACCUGCAUUCUUUCUCAAAUUUGCCGAUAGGAUUUAAGGGAGCAGCAGCAUCAAGAAGCACCAUGGCCUUGACCUCUUCGUUUCCUGAUAACAAGGAUAUCAUUACUUUCUCCUCCAAGAUAUCGACCGAUGUCCCUCUCUACGAACCUCCUGGGGUAGCCUUUAGCGAAUACAUCAGCGAUCGUCCUCGGAUUUUUGAAGCAAUGUUUCCAGACAAAGCCAGAAGCCAGAGACUAAAUGAUGAAGAAUGGAGGAUACAAAUGUUACCCGUCAGCUUCCUCUUUGCGUCUGUAAAUCCUAUAGUCGACAUGCGUUUGAGAUGCAAAACAAAUGGCAAAGAAUACCCACCCUCUGUUCCAGUGAACGUCACCAGAAUCCUUGAACUCCAAGCUACUAGAUGGGAGCUCAAAGGGCUUGAAGGUAUUUCUAUGCCAUCACAUUUCGAUUUGAAUGUUCAAGGAACACUGUAUUCAGUCAGAAGAGGCAACCAGAGCAAUCUCAAAGGACACUUGGAGAUCAGCAUCAGCUUAGUUCUUCCACCGGCGCUUGCUUUGGUACCGAUGGAUGUCCUCAAAGCUGUUGCUGGAACGGUUCUGACAAGAUUGGUGGAGAAAAUGAAGCAGGAAGUACAUGCAGGCUUGCUCACUGAUUUCAGCAGAUAUGGGAGGGAAAAAAUAGCGAAACACGGCCAGAACGCUCAGUUACCUGCUGCUGCUGCUACCAUAUUGAAUGGAGACCAACAAAAUUAUUAGAAUCUAAGCUGAAGAAAAGUAAUUCAUCAUUGUACGCCACAAUGCACAUUAUAAAAUUUGCAUGUUUCUUCAAUA